UGUCUCUGAAGGUGAAAAGACGUCAUUCCGCUACUACUGUGAAGCGGUCAUGGUGUUGCGUCACUUUCAGCUUCCAGGAGUUGUGGGGGGUAUGACUGUGACAGAUUGGAAGAGUAGAAAGCAUGUUGGUAGCAGGGCUGUGAUUGGCAUCUGUCACAACAGAACAACAACUCAACCAAUCGUUACACUUGCCUUGGCACUGGAGGAGGAAGCUUGGUUACAGGCGUACUACGAGGAAAUUCGCCCUGGAUACCUCAAGGAUAGUUGCGACAAGUUUUUCAUUUCAUCCAAUGGCAAACCUGUUCACAGUGUCACAAACGACGUCUCUCGACUCCAUGAAAGCUACAAACUCCAACCUGCCAGUAGUAUUGAGGUCCGAAGGGCUGCUGAGGCACAGGCAUCAGCAAAAUUUAUGGAGCGCCAAAAGGAGGAAGAUAUGGCACAUUAUAUAGCCCACAACAGUUCUCUGGCCUUCAAGCGUUAUCAAAUGCGAUUGCCGGAGGUUAUAUUGGCCAGAGGUAUAAUGCUGGAAUCGUUGAAUGACACUUUAGAGACCUGCCCUCCGAAAAGUAAGGACAAUCAGCCUUCCGAGCCUGCCGAAAAAGACUUUUCUACCUUCAUCACCACAUUCCCAGUUUCCAUAGAAGGCCAGCCACCAGGCAAAAGGAAGAGGGUCACUGCAGGGUUCCCAGAAUGCCGUCAAUUUUAUGACAAGUGGCGAUUCUCCCAGUAUCUCCAGAGACAGGAACAUCUGCUGUCAAAAUACAUCCAUCAGAAACCAUCAGCCAGUAAAUUGGAUAGACAGAUUAAGAUGCAAGGGUGGACAGCCAACCAUCCAACUCCAGAACAGUUCCGGCAGGCGUGGAAACCAGCCUCCAAACUGUCCAUUGAGGGUGAUGCUCACACCUACAAGAAAACAAUUAAGCAGAAUUGGAAAGGCCUGGUCAUCCAAGACUUUGGUGGAGAGAAAGGGCUAAGAGUGGUUACAACCAAGCCUUUUGCUGAAGGUGCAAUUGUCUGCGAUUACCAUGGAAUCAUCACCACAGCUGCUGAGGGGAGAGAAAUGAUGAGCCACAACUCAGAAGAAGACAUGCGUGGCCUGUUUUUCUUCAGAGCUGGGCAGACGGAACUCUGCAUUGAUGGCCACAGUCCAUGUGAGUGUCACGGAGCAGACACUUUUGGAAGAAGGAUCAAGCAUUCUUCAAAAAAGAGCAACUUGAAGCCACUUCACUGCGUCUUCAACACAGGAGAAGGUGACAAGCAAGCCAUCCUCUUCAGGGCUGUGAAGGACAUUGACACAAACACUGAACUUUCUUUUGACCACGGUGCCAAGAGGAAGUUCUUCCGAGGAGAGGGCCUGGACUUGAAAUGGCUGGAUGAGUAGAAUACUCAUGUGGAUGAGAGGACAUAACAUCUUGUUGUUACAACAUCAACAGGCCCAGUGUGUAUCCCAGUACUGGGGUACCUGCUUGGACUAACAAUACAUGUACACUUAUGUAAAU